UGGGGGGGGGGCGAUCAGCUGAGGCAACAUGGCGUCGUCGGCGAGCAGAGGCGUCGGCCGAAUCGCGGGGCUUUUGGUGCCCUCGCGCUCGCACAGGCUCUGGAAGGUUCAAGUUUGCUUGCUGUCAACAAGUAUUCGACGUGAUGCCAGGUUUUAUGACAGCGCGCUGGAGGCCGUCGAUGAUAUUCCUUCAGGGUCGAAACUCCUCGUUGGUGGCUUCGGUCUCUGUGGCAUUCCGGAGAACCUGAUUGGAGGGCUGCUGGAGACCAAAGUGAAGGACUUGACGGUGGUGAGCAACAAUGCAGGAGUGGACAACUUCGGCCUGGGGCUCCUGCUGGCCCAGAAGCAGAUCAAGCGCAUGAUCUCCUCCUACGUGGGCGAAAAUGCGGAGUUCGAGCGGCAGUACUUGAGUGGGGAGCUGGAGGUGGAGCUUACGCCACAGGGCACAUUGGCCGAGCGAUGUCGUGCUGGGGGCGCUGGCAUCCCUGCUUUCUUCACUCCCACGGGUUUUGGCACACUCGUCCACGAGGGAGGGUCCCCCAUCAAAUAUGGAGAAGGCGGUGCGAUUCAGAUCCAGAGUGCCCCAAGGGAAAGCCGGAUAUUCAAUGGCCGGAAUUACAUCAUGGAGGAGGCCAUCACUGGGGACUUUGCGCUCAUCAAGGCGUGGAAAGCUGACCGGGCGGGCAACCUUCUCUUUAGGAAGACGACACGCAACUUCAACCUGCCGAUGUGCAAGGCUGCCAAGACCACCAUAGUUGAAGUGGAGGAGGUCGUUGACAUUGGGGAAAUCCCUGAGGACAGCGUACACGUCCCUGCCAUCUAUGUGGACCGCAUCAUCAAAGGGGAGAAGUACGAGAAGAGAAUUGAGCGCCUGACCCUGCGCAAGGAGAAGAAGAAGAGUGCCGCAUCCUCCAACCCCGCCGUGGCCAUGAGGGAGCGCAUUGUGCGACGCGCAGCCCUCGAAUUCCAAGACGGCAUGUAUGCCAACCUGGGGAUUGGGAUGCCCAUGCUUGCCAGCAAUUACAUCCCUGAGGGCAUGAACGUGCAGCUGCAGAGUGAGAACGGGGUGCUGGGCCUGGGUCCCUUCCCUGCCCCGGGUGAGCAAGACCCCGACCUCAUCAACGCUGGCAAAGAGACUGUGACUGUCACGCCUGGAGCCUCCUACUUCGGCUCUGAUGAGAGCUUUGCCAUGAUCCGAGGUGGCCAUGUGGACCUGACAAUCCUUGGGGCCAUGGAAGUCUCACAGAACGGUGACCUUGCCAACUGGAUGAUUCCGGGCAAGAUGGUGAAAGGCAUGGGCGGCGCAAUGGACCUGGUGUCAUCCCCCGGCACGAAGGUGGUGGUGACGAUGGAGCACUCGGCCAAGAAGGGCGGACACAAGAUCGUGGAAGCCUGCACGCUCCCCCUCACGGGCAAGAACUGUGUCGACAUGAUAAUCACAGAGAAGUGUGUAUUCAAUGUAGACAAGGAGAAUGGCCUGACCCUGGUUGAAAUCGCCGAUGGCGUUACCAUUGAGGACAUCGUAUCCAGCACAGGAUGCUUAUUCGAAGUGGCGGAAAACCUCAAGCCAAUGGGACAGAUCGACGUUGGAGAUAAUUAAAAGGCUACCUAACUUUUGAUCUGACACUUUGAUUAACUAAUGGGGCAUAUUUGAGUCUGAAGCAUUAAUUAUAGAGGGAUGCACUUAUCCUUUUGCUAUUAUAGUUCUUCCACACCCAUACUAACAGCGCAAUAAUUUUACAAAAAGAAAGAAGUGCAGGUAACAUAUUAUGAUAAUAAAUAAAGGUUUUACUCUUUAAGCCAAGGAUUUCUUUUUUUUGGGGGAUCAUUGCCUUAGUCAUUGUAGUGGCAUUCAGUUUUACUCUUGUGUGACAUUGUUUUUCUUGAGCUUACAUCAUGUGUUUAGCUUCAAUUGAUUGUCAGCACUGAAAACAAAAAAAAAGGAAAAAAAUAAAACAAAAAGCUUUAUCAUGAAAUUUAAGGUUUUCUUCCUCAAUUUACUAACAAGCCAACAGCUCAGUGAUGAAGGCCAUUGCAAAGCCUUGGUCCAAAGCCAAGCCACUUGCUUGAGGGGUUUCUUGCACAAACUCAAGGGACAUUUGGCUAGGACUGCUGGAGAUGCAGAGAGGUGUAGGUUUCUCUUGUCGGCCUCAUGUGAUUUGCCAGGACAUUUGAGCAUAAUAUCUCUGUUUAUCCAAAAGCCUUGUACAAGAUCCUGUAAGCUUAGAAAUCAUCUUUCAGACUGAGAUGUGCUCUGGUUGAGUAUUUAAUGUCUUUCUAUGGUUAGGCUGUAAGGCCAGGCUUGGAAAGAUUUUGAUAAAUAACAUUAAUGUUGGUGAUGGAAAUUUCAUUGUAGUUUUUGAGUUUAGCAUGUAUUCUUCAAGAGGCUUUAAAAUCAAUGGAGGUGAAUGUUAGAGUUGUAUGUUAAGAAAAAAGAAUUAUAAACUAAGCAGUAAGAAAGAUGAAUUAAGAAAUGGAGGGACUUUUCCAGAUACAUUAAGAGUGUACUGCAGGUUAUUUUAUGUUAAGGAAUUGAAGCAGAUAAUAUGAAGGUACCAAAGUUUGCUAGAUAAUGUCAAAGCUGUAAAGCCUUUCCUCUCUGUGGCAGAACUUCUGGGUUUAGCAGACUAAAAAGAUGCUUGUUCAGUAGAGUUAGCCGCUUGUCGUGGUAAACAAGAGUGAAUAAUUCUUUGGCACUCCACCGACUGAUUGAGACUGUAGGUGGAGUAGGGUUGGUAUUGGUAGGUGGUCGGUAAUUUUUUGUUGUUUUUAAUUGAGGCAUGUGCAUGCUGCCAGUCUUGAAUUCUGUGGAUGUUGUACAAGUAGGAUACUGGAAUUAGAGAGUUAAAAGAGUUAUGGAAGAGGCUAAUGCAUUUAAAAGUAAAAAACUUCAUUCUACAACUACAGAUUGUCAAAAGUAAUGUUGUAGUGGUGAUUUUUGUGUUGCUUCUUGAGGAGCCACACCAUCUUUCCCAGUGACGAUACUAAAUAUGCUAGUAUUCAGAUGUGCCUGUUUAAACAGUGCAAUGAAGUUGGGAGGAGCCAGAUGAAAGAAAUAUCUUUUAUAACUUUAAUGAUAUUGUUGUUACUCAGGUUUCCCUACAAUACAUCAAGGUACUUAGAAAUGAUACAAGCUCUGACAAAUGUGGAAAUUUGAUCACUGUCACAAAAUAACUAAAGAUUUUUUGUGGUCAUCAAUCUGGUCUCUUCUUCCUUUAAGGUUAAACUCAAGUAGGUAGAAAUUCUUUGCAUUUUCCAACAUAUCACAAAAGCCAAAUUAUGCCCAGCAAAUCACAGAUGAACACAGAUUGAAGUUCUCAGCAGAGCACACUUGUAGCAGAUUAUACUGUUGAGUGCAUUGCAAUUCCAUUGUAAUCAGUUGAUGUAAAUUUGAAAUUCAUUAAUGUUGUGUAUAACUGGUAGGGAGUAGUGUAGGAGAAAUAUUUUAAUAUUGUAUAUAGAAAAAUUUGUAAUAAAAAAUUACAAAAUGUGA